AUGGAGGCUAAUUAUCUUCCACGUGGAAGAUCAAGGCGUUUUGUUGAGAAAGCUACAAAUGAACAUCAUUUUCUUGUUGGAAUUUUCUUGGAAGUGAUUGAUUUGCAUCUUCAAGAACUUGAUAAUCGAUUUAAUGAGAAGAACAUGGAGCUACUUACUUGCAUGGCUAGCUUAAGUCCUAAGGAUAAUUUUUCAUCGUUUGACAAAGAAAAGGUGCUUAAACUUGCUUCUUUGUACCCCGAAAAAUUUUCACAUAAUGAGUUGUUGAGUCUUGAUGAUCAACUUGAAGUGUUCAAGCAAAUAAUGUUAGAAGAUGAAAAUUUUCAAGAUUUGCAUGACAUUAAUUCUCUUUCAAAGAUGCUUGUCAAAACCAAGUUGCAUGAAACUUAUCCUCUUAUUCAUUUGCUUAUCAAGUUAAUGUUGAUUCUUCCCGUUGCUACGGCAAGUGUUGAAAGAGUCUUUUCGGCAAUGACAUACAUCAAAAGUAAAUUGAGAAAUAGUAUGGGUGAUCAACUUAUGAAUGAUUGUUUGGUUACUUACAUUGAGAAAGAAGUGUUUUUGCAAGUCCCCGAUGAAGAUAUCAUUGAUCGAUUUCAAAAAAUGAAGACUCGAAGAAUAUUUUAG